CCUCUCCGUACUUUCGCGCAAUAAGAUCCUUACUGUAUUAUUAUAACCGUUAUUUAUCAAUGGCGUUAAAGAAAACCCUGGCUCAGCGUCUAUUCAGUAUUUACAGAAUAACCAAUCCAUCUCUAGCGAGUUGCCGGAUUACUUCAUCAACGACGGCGGCGCUUAAUAAGGCCUUGGCCCCACGGAGCCCCGACAAAAUCGCUCCGGAUCCUGGAGAUGACGGGACUUUCCGGAGGUUCUUCCACCGCCUACCGAUGGGGAUCUCGCCGGGGCUCCGGUCGCUGCCGACCGGGGAGGGGUUGAUAGAGAAGUUGAGGGGAAUGGACAUCGCCAGAGAUAGAAUAAGGCUCGACGGACUGAGGCCGCCGCAGCCGCAGCAGCAGGAGGAGGAGGAGCAGGGGAAGAUAACGGUGGAGGACGCGAGGAAGCUGCUAAGACUGUCGCAGCUGGAAACGGUGAAGGCGAGGCUGACGCAGAUUGAGAAGAACUGCAUCUCGCAGGAGGAAUUUCUGGAGAUCUGCGGGGACGGGUGUUGGGGUAGUGAACAGGCCAAACAGUUCGCAAAGAUGCUCGAUGAAUCCGGCACGGUUAUCGUGCUAGGAAAUGUCGUGUUUCUCAGACCUCAACAGGUUGUGAAAGCCAUCCAGGGCCUAAUGCCUGCAUCUGUAUCAGUACCAGUACCCCACCCGACCGAUCCAAGAUUGAAGGAGGAGCUGGAAGCAAUGGAGGAGCAGAAGGCAGCCAUUGACCAAAAGGCAGACCUGAUGGUCCGUAGGGAGCUCUGGCUUGGGCUCGCCUACAUGGUCCUCCAAACAGCUGCCUUCAUGAGAUUGACGUUCUGGGAACUUUCCUGGGACGUAAUGGAGCCUAUUUGCUUCUACGUCACAUCCAUUUACUGCAUGGCUGGGUAUGCCUUCUUCCUAAGGACAUCCAAAGAGCCUUCCUUCGAAGGUUUCUUUCAGAGCCGAUUUAGUUCCAAGCAGAAGCGAUUAAUGAAGCUUAACAAUUUUGACCUAGAAAAGUAUAAUGAGCUCCGAAAAGGUUUCUGUCCUCGGUCAUCGCAGCCGGCAGCCCCGCCGAAUCCCAUCUCAUUGACUUCAUGGACCAAUAACGACGCCGAGAAGAUGAGAGUUCCAACAUAGGCAUGAAGCAAAAAUGUAAAAAAAAAAACUACUAUUUUUUUGGGGGCUAGGACUACUGUAUAGGUUGCAACCUUUCUUUCUAUUGCCUUUCUUGUUUACCAUCACCUAGUUAUAUUUUCUGUAACGGCCAUUGUAAGAGCGAGCGAAGAAGAGGUGUAGGCUAAGAAAACAAAUUCUUUAAUAUCCAAUCAACAGAAAAAAGUUUUUGUUGUU